AUGAAGGACACUGAUCAACAGCAGUUGCCAUCUUUGCUUAUUCAAUCAUCGAGAAUUAAUAGUUGGUUGUUGUCACGCAAAAUAAUACAGACGGACUAUCCGAAGAAACUGAAGGACAUAGACUGCAAAGUCAACGACUAUUUUAAUAAGUACCCUGAAGUUAAUGUCCCGAUUUUUGAAAGCCCAUCAUUGUUCUUAGGAUGCCGUGAAUUUUUCGAAGCCCUAGCCAAGACAGAAAACAAAACUGACUUCUUCGGACGUUCUAGUCCGUUAGUCCGCGCAUGGACAGAAGUUCUCAGUUUGUUUCAGAAAAACAACUUAUACUUGGCUGAAGUAGGAGAUUCAAUCAACGAGUUAGCUGCUGUGCAGGUCCCUAGGUGUAAAAUGUUCAUUUCAGACAGACACAAAGAUUUAUUGGACUUACGCCAAAGGCUAAAGGAACAAAGUUUAAAUCUCAUCAGAAAAGAAGAGCUGUUGGAGAAGGUUUAUAAAGAAUUCCACGUUGAUGUCAAGGAAGAAAACAUUAGGUUGCGUCUUCUGGAGGAGGCUGGAAAAGUCCCUAUGCUUUUGACAGAAUUUGUACAUUCUCUCACUUCCCUGAAAACCGCGCUCCAGCUGUACGUUAGCUUCAAAAACUUUGUCCUCGGAGGUUUUCAGGAUGACUAUCACGAACCUGAAAAGUUUUAUGGUUGCUGUCCCACCCUAAAACUACUAAUUGAUUCAGGCCAUGUUAUGGUGUUUACAUGGAAAAAUGGAUGUGAGCCGGAGCACAUUGAAGGAAGUGAUGAUUUUGUUCCCUUUCUUUUACAGCAGGAAAAAAUGAAAGUUAACCAGUUAUCAAUGGAAUUGAGUCAAAAUGUAUUUACAGAUUCAAAUGUUCCUUCUGAACUAAACGAGAUUUUGUGGGAUGGAAACGAAGUAGGAGCAAUAGAUUUCGGUCCUUUUGAUGUAGAGUCUGUGGAAAACAUUGAAAUUGAAAGGGAAAACAUGGUGUCAACCUCUUCAUCCGGAACGCCAGAUAAUCCAAACGUUGAUUCUGCCAACUCAGUUGAUGGACGUCAAGCUCUGUUAAAUGAUCUACUUGAAUUGAAUGCGUUCCUUCAACGUUUUCAGGAGGAUUUACUUGAACGAUUAGAUAACGAAAAUGAGCAUCAGCUCAGUAGAACUGGAUGUAAUGCGUUCAAACCUUCCGGUGGUAUUGGUUGUGAUACCAUUCAGAAUAUUAUCAUACAGAAUGCUCCGAAUGAUCUGUCAUAUACAUCAAAUGACAUAUCUAGAAUGAUUGAACUUGUUAAAGAAGCCUUGAAUAAGCUAACUACAAGUUCUUUAAGCCAGUUAAUGAUGAUACGAACUAGAAUAGGAUACUUAGAUCGAUUGACUGACCGACUUCUGGAUUAUAGACGUCAAGUAGAACUGGCUAGAACAAGAUGCAGUCAAACACAGAAACUGAUCGACAAAGCACUAAUGGAGCAACAGGAGAAGACAACACAACUCGCGCAACUCAAGAACUAUUGUAAGAAGUUAGUUAGCUUUUUGGAGGAUGAACUAUCAAGAAUCUGUAAUCGGCAAGUGCAAAUAACUGGACAGUUCUGCGAUCUGUGA